GGAUUAUUGAGAAUUUAAAACCAGUUUAAAUAAUCAGUAAAGAUUGCGCCAAUUAUUGAUAAAAUGUCCAGUAUAUCUUCCAACAAAUACUACCACUUGUGUAGUGAUGACAGCGAGGAGGAAACUCCAAACAACAAUCUGGAGAUUGACAAUCAGUGCUUCACCCCUGUAGAUGUACCUGAAGGGGAACACAAGCUACAAUCUCAAUACUGCUUGUGGUACAGUAGAAGAGGAUCAGGGAAACAGUCCCUUAAUUUCCAUCUAAAUUUAAAACUUAUCGGAAGGUUCGGAUCUGUAGAACAGUAUUGGCGUAUAUACAGUCAUCUAGUGAGACCUGGAGAACUUUCUUCUCACUCAGACUUCCAUCUGUUCAAAAGUGGUAUAAAACCAAUGUGGGAGGAUGAUGCUAAUAAAUGCGGGGGAAAGUGGAUUGUUAGACUUAGGAAAGGCCUGAGCUCUCGGUGUUGGGAAAACCUUGUUCUGGCGAUGCUUGGAGAACAGUUCAUGGUCGGAGAGGAGAUUUGUGGAGCAGUUGUAUCCGUCAGAUUCCAAGAAGAUAUAAUCUCUAUUUGGAACCGAACAGCUAGUGAUACGGCUGUAACGAACCGUAUCCGGGAUACAUUCCGUCGGGUACUCAACUUACCCCAGGGGACAGCUAUAGAAUACAAAGCGCACAACGAUAGCAUCAAGGAACUUGAAACCAUUGGCCGGGGGAAGACAUAAUUAACGGGACAAGUCAAGCUUUAGAAACACGGAUAUUUUUGUUCGCUGAGAACUGUUCCUGGUUUAACUGACUAGUGACUUCCAACCACAGAUUUAUACUGCAGACAGACCCUCUUGUCUUCUAAAUAUUAAUCAAUCAAUCAAUUUUAUUGUAUCACUUCUUGGAAGAUUAAUUUCAGGGGAAAUUUUUUUUUUAUGGAUUUAGAAAUAUUCCAUCAAAUUAAAAAUUGUUUUGGUUGACAAGUUAUGGGAAGCUUGAAAAUAAGAUACUUUAUGAUACAUCCUUACCUCGAUCAAAAAUAUUAUUUCUCUACAUAAAUUGUUUAAAAAUUAUAUUGGAAAAUAUAUACUUAAACCUGUCAUAAAACCAACAGCACAAAUCGAAGCUCGGAAAUCUCAAUGUUUCAGAA